UCGCUCACCACUGAUGUUCUCGUCCGCCCAGUUGGGAUUGGUACUAAUUGGUUCUUUCACCAGCCCAGAAUCAGAAGCGCGCAUACCGAAGAGAAACCUUCAAUGAUGUGGCAACCCCGCUAUACGAAACCUUCCCCUCCUUCCCUCUCUCGCCUCUCUUCUUGUCCAUCUCAUUCGGAAUCGUGGACGAACAUCCGCGAUCAUCAGCAGGAUAACGCAACGGUGACCGACGACACUUCCGGCUUGUAUUGGCGUACGAAAGACAAGCAUGGAAGACGAUACUUCCGCCGACGACUCGAAUCAAACGCUCUCCCAGAUUUCUCAGAAACAUGGCCGUUCCAUUGUCAACAUGUUGGUCGAUAUCCAGGAGAGCGUGGUGUUACAGAGCAAAUCUACCAGCUUUCUCGAACGACUAGAGUGUCUCCAGCCUAUUAAAUACCCAUAUUAUAACCCACCCCGAAAAUCCAAGACGGGAGAGGUCAUUCCUCCGAGGAGUACAGACGAUCCCGCUGUGGAAUACAAAUUCAUGCGGCGCUGCUAUGUCAAUGUUCUUGAUAUUCCAGAAGAGUAUUACAAUUACGUGGCUCUUUCCUACACCUGGCAACCGCAAGAGGGCGAGAACGAGACUUCUGGAAAAUACUGGAUAGAGAAUAAGCAACGAACUGGCUUCGACAUGUCCCCGGUCCGCAACACUGUUCUCGAUCGCAUUACCAAUUUUAUGAGUGUUUGGAAAUACCAUGCUCUGUGGAUCGAUCAACAUUGUAUCACUCAAACAACUACAUGUACAAGCGGUAGCUGCUCACACGAAGACUGUAACGAAAAGAGGGACGCGGUGCAUGCUAUGGACCUUGUGUACUCAGCCAGCAGUGCCCCGACGGCCUUGCUUUCACACUAUAUCAAGUCUAAGGAUGACCUUCUUCUGCUGAGAGAUUUGUUCAACGUACCUAGCAAGCUUAUGGAACCAGAUCCUAGUACCGACGGCGAACCCGACAAUCGGGUUCCGACUAGGGCUAUAGAGGCCAUAAACCUUGUGUACGAGAUCAUCAGCGAACCAUGGUGGGCAAGAGCAUGGCCAUUUCAGGAGAAUAUUCUUGCUAUGUCACAGAUGCAGCUCUUGUUGAGACAUGCACCCGAGCUCGAGGAUAUCAAGGCAACCAUAAGAUUUACUUCGUCCUCCUUUUAUACUGUACCGGGCGAACUUUGUAUAAGCUCGAAGUUCUUCUCUACACGCGCCACCUGGCUCUGGGUAGCAGUCAAGAGACUGCUUGAGAGCAAUGGCGAGAUACUCAGCGAAGGAGACAAACGUUGUGUCAACAUGCUAUUCGAGAUCGACAGGGCCAUUCGAGGCACCAGACAAAGACAUAUGCACUUCAAUUACUCUUGCGUGGUAGCGUCGUUCGUCCAGAUUGUUGAGAGGAAGGCGAUAGCCAAUUAUUGGGAUAGGCUAGCUAUCAUCGGCAACUGCUCCCGCUUCUCGAUUCGGCUGCAGCCUUUAGAACUUCAACGCCAAGGACACAGCAUCAGCAUAUCCACCCUUGCCUUGUUUCUCUUGAAUGGCGAGGUUCUAGACAACGGGAAAGAACAAGACAGCCAAAAGAUGUUGAACUUGAAGGUCUCACUGUAUCUUGAGGCUCGACUACUCGACAAUGAGAGUGACACGGAGGCAUUCAACGGCAACUGUCGGUUGCCUGACGUGGUACUCACUAUCAAAGGCGUUCGAACACGAGGUCAUCUAUGGCAACUAGGCGAGGUUAUCGGCCUCAGCAAGGCAGAAGAUAGUCCAGCAUCCAUGCGGCGUGUUCCAGAAUUCGGGGAUGCAAAAUCGGAUAUGCGGAUAAAGACAAUGAAGAACCUGUUCGUCACCCAGGACCAAUUGCGAAAACUAAUCAGGACACUUGAAGACCUCGCGUACACACCUUUGGCAGCUGACCUUAAGGCAUCCCUCGAACAUCCGAUUUCCAGAAACCUCAGGCUGUUAUUUCCAGACCAGCUCGCGCAAGGGGACGGAAGUCCCAUGGAAAGUGUUACGGCCAACGCUUUUCGCGAUUACGCAAGGCUGGCUCAUAAGACUCGGAGGCAUUUGGGAUCCCAAUGUACCAGACGACAAGUCACUGUAUCAUGCGCUCUUCGUGUUCAACCCGGCCAAAAAGGCGAAUAUACAAUUGACGACCCCGUCAUUGGUAUUCAGUUCGACCGUAAAAGAACCCGAGUCCUCUACAGAAUGAUAAGAUGGGCAGGUUCCAGACGCUACACAAUCAUAUCGGACGCCAUUCAUACCAGUAUGCGGUACUACAAGUUGAGGUCGAUGAUGAAAGCAUCCAAAGCAAUACACCACAAGGGGGAGUGGAACCGAUGACAGCUUUGCGAACUCAAUGCUGGGCAAAUGGCAUUUGCUUCCCUGAUGACACUCCCUCGCGUGAAGUUGUGUUUCCGUGGCCGGAUCAGCUCCUCAAGGUCGUACCAAACCAGGACGGGCAAGAAGUCGGACAGAGUUGAGUUUUGUUAUACUGGAGUUCCACGGGGAGGAGCCACUGCAUACCCCUACCAAUCUUGUUCGGCAUUCUCCGAGUGAAGGAGUAAAGAAGACAACGGCAUCAGGACUGGGAUCCAGGAAUCAGAUAUGUGUAUGUUCAUUAUCGUUCGUUGUCAUUAUCGAGCUUGAACAAUGUUUAUCUCUCAAAGAAUUGGGAGGACAACGCAGUCGCCGCAAAGCGAGCUGUCGAAGUCCAUCCAU